UUUGUUUCAUGUCACUUCAUACUGGGAAUCUUAUUUCCUGCGCUCUCACUAGGCGGCGGUAAUGGACAUUGACAUUCCUCAAGAGAGCAGCACUUCGUCAUCUUGUAGUAUGAGGCUUGAACAACAACAUUUAUAUCAGCAUAGAAGACAAAAGUCCACCAACUUAUUUAAACAAGUCUAGCCGGUUAUUCACGAGGGGAAAUAAAACAACAUACUUUGUCUAUCAUCCUGGACAGGAAUUUACUAACAAUCUGGUGUUGGUGAAUUGUGUAUCAACGCCGUUGGAUAAAUCACUGCCGGAAAAUCUCAAGCGGUCACUUUCUUGUGCGGAAAUCUUUGGAGACCCGAAAAUACGUUUAAUUCAGGGCAUCGACUCAUUCGAUUGUUCAGGACUUGGGAUUAGUAUAUUUGUGGAAGAGCCUCAAAUUGUGAGCCAGAUGAUGAAAAUAUGACCAUUUAUCUUUGGAUCAUGCUCUUCUUGGCACAAAGUAGUAGAGCAAUCCCUGGACUCAGGUUUACCAAGAACCCCGCCAACCUCACGGUGACCCAGGGCAACAAGGUUCGCCUAGGUUGUUCCAUUGAGGGCCUGAGUGAGCCGGAGAUCGUGUGGAUGAAGGAUGGGGAGAAGCUGUACAGUACAGACCAGAUGUACAUCCCCCUGGAGCAACACCACUGGGAGACCUUCCACAGUGUGAAGUCUGUCCAGCAGCAGGAUACAGGGAUGUACUGGUGUGAGGUAGAGUUCCGAGGCUCAACCAUCUCUUCGGAGCCCGCCUGGAUAACAGUAGAGGGUGUCCCCCACUUUACACUUGAGCCCCAAGACGUAGCCACGAUCCCUGGCAUGCCCUUUAACCUGACGUGUACUGCUGUGGGUCCCCCGGGCCCGGUGGAGGUGCUGUGGUGGCUAGGAGGAGUACAGGAGGGAGACUUCACUUCCUCUCCAUCUGUACUCCAUGUUAACGGUGUUAAUAACAGCAUCAAGUUCUACUGUGAAGCCAAGAAUGCCAGAGGUAUCUCAGUAUCUCGAACAGGCACUGUGCACAUUAAAGUCCUCCCAGCAGCCCCUAAAAGUGUGCAGGUGGUCCACAUAGUGGAGAACAAUGUCACGCUGGCCUGGAGCCCAGGCUUCACUGGACACUCUGACCUGUCAGCCUGCACCAUCCAGAUGUCUAAGAACUCUGGGAGGAAGGUGGAAGUUCGAGACCAGCGUGUGAAGGUUCCACCGUUCCAACAGAUCCUCAAUGGGCUGAGCUGCUACUCCAACUACAGCGUUAGAGUGUGCUGUGACAAUGAGGUGGGGACAUCCCCGUUCUCUGGCUGGUUGGACUUUCAGACACCAGAAGCAGUGCCCUCUGCUGCCCCCCGGAACCUGACCUUUGAACUAACUGAACAGCAUCUGUCCCUGAACUGGGCGAGCUUGGACGACAAGGAGCUGCAGGGGAAACUGAUGGCCUACAAAGUCCAGUGGAACCUGGGAGGAGAGGGACAGGAGGCGUUGCUCUUUAAAGAGAACAUGGCCCACCUGUCUGGUGGAGGUCGUUUCUUCAACGCCACCUUCCAGGUGUCGGCGUGUACAGUGGCCGGCUGUGGGCCCUGGAGCCAGCCUGUACUGGUCAUGCCCGCCUCAGCAGUGGCAGCCCAGACUCAGAGAGGCCAUAUGUGGGUGGGUCUGUUGCUGGGCCUGCUGGUGGCCACCAUGGUAGGGCUUCUCCUGACAGUCCUAGUGCACCGCAGAGGGAAGGAAACACAGUUUGGGUCUGUGUUCAAGCCACCGGGGACUGAGAGCACGGUCUCCUUCACUGCAGCCAGGUCAUUCAACAGGACCUGCUCUGAGCUCCCAGAAUCCACCUUGGACAGCUUGGGUAUCAACGACGAUCUGAAGGCCAAGCUUCAAGACGUUCUGAUCCCAGAAAGGCUACUGACCCUCGGACACAUCUUGGGAAAAGGUGAGUUUGGCUCAGUGCGUGAGGCCUUCCUAAAGAUGGAGGACAGCACUGUGCAACAGAAGGUUGCAGUGAAGGUGCUAAAAACGGAUAUCAACUCAUCAUGUGAUAUUGAGCAGUGCCUGAAAGAGGCUGCUUACAUGAAGGACUUCCACCAUCCAAAUGUCAUCCAGCUCAUUGGAGUGAGUUUGCACAGGCGGCCUCAGCAACGGUUGCCCAUCCCCAUGGUUAUCCUGCCCUUCAUGAAGCAUGGGGAUCUUCACACCUUUCUGCUCAUGUCCCGCCUUGGAGACGAGCCCUUUACAGUGUCACUGCAGAUGCUCAUUCAGUUUAUGUUGGACAUCGCUCGUGGAAUGGAGUACCUGAGCAACAAAAGCAUCAUACACAGGGAUCUGGCUGCACGCAACUGCAUGCUGAGUGAAAACUUGACAGUCUGUGUGGCAGACUUUGGCCUUUCAAAGAAAAUCUACAGUGGUGACUACUACAGACAAGGAUCCGUCUCAAAGCUGCCUGUCAAGUGGAUAGCACUGGAGAGCCUUGCUGACAAUGUCUACACUACUCAGAGUGAUGUGUGGGCGUUUGGAGUCACCAUGUGGGAGAUCAUGGCACGUGGACAGACCCCCUACCCUGGGGUGGAGAACUCUGAAAUCUACGAGUACCUCAUCAAGGGAGAGAGGCUCAAACAACCACCUGACUGCCAAGAUGACAUGUACGAGAUCAUGCAUAGCUGCUGGAGCCCUGUUCCCAAGUGCCGCCCCAGUUUCCAGCACCUGAUUGACCAGCUGGAGGGGCUAUGGGCCAGCCUGUCCCCAGGGCCUAGUUUUAUGAAGGAGGCCCUUCUCUACGUUAACCUGGAGAGUGACGAGGGGGAGCCAGGGGCACUGGGCCCAGGGGAGGGCCCCUCGUGGUCAGCAAUGCCCUGGCAGUGUGUGGGAAUGGAGGAGGAUGAGAAAGACUGGCUCAUGGUGUCUUCUGGGGCAGCUCUGGCUAUUGGUGGAGACUACCGCUACAUCAUUGGCCCUAACUGCAACUGUACUGAAGAGGAGAGUGGGAGGCAGGGGGACUCAAUGGAUACCUUGCAGCAAGAAGUCAGGGAUGAGGAAUAUGAAGACACUAUCAUUAAUGUGUGAUUUAUAUUUUGAACAACAUGCCUGCUCCUCUGCCCUACAGAUUUCAAACUGACAAGUUGGUUGUGGAUGGUUGGUCACUCACUACUGCCCUCCAGUGAAGUUUCUGAAAACAGCUGCUUACCAGCAUUUCUUGGAUUGAAGUGCAUAUCUCAAUGAACCUUUCUCCCCAUUUUAUUGCCAGUCAUAUGCAGUGUCAUGUUGUACUUUAAACUAAGGACUUCACAUUGAUACACAAUCAGCCUUAUGAUUACAUUCAACAAAGAACAAUAAUACUACUGAUAUUUAAAAUGGUACAUUUGACUGAUAAACAGAACUUUAUAAUGGAAAAUUCUAUAGUAUUAUGCAUCUUUUGAAGUUUAUGCAGCAUUUGAUUAUAAAAGCAGUCCCUAUGUCCUUAGUGUACACUGUACUGUAGGUGGUAGGUAUUGAACAUUGGUAUUUGCUGCUUUGCUAACGAACUCCCUUAUCUCUAUGAUAAGCAUCUUCUGUCCAAAAGUGUGCUACACGUUCUUAAUCUGUAUUCUCAUUUAACCUUAGAAUAACAUUACACGGGACUACCACUGUAAUAAUCCCCUAACAUUGUGACUGAGUUAUUUAGAAUUAUAAACUGGGUGUAUUGAGCACUGAAUGCUGAUUGGCUGACACCCGUGGUGUAUCAGACCGUAUACCAUGGGUAUGACAACUUUUAUUUUUACUGCUCUAAUUAUGUUGGUAACCAGUUUAUAAUAGCAAUAAGGCAGACCUCAGAUGUUUGGUAUAUGGCCAAUAUACCACACCUCAUGCUUUAUUGUUUAAGUAUACCAUUGAGAAUUUAUGGAAACAGGAAUAUAUGCAGAACAUUGUUUAUGUAUUCAAGAAGAAUACCAGAGUGAGCAUGGAUAUGUGUGUUAAGACAUUAGCCGGAUGAAAUGUGAGCUUGUCGUUCACUGAUGUUCAAAGUGCUUACACACAACCUUGAUUUUGCUUUUGGAGCAUUCCAUGUAUGGGAUAUCAAGGGACAUGUUUUAAUAUUUUAAACUGAAUUUUUUGUAUGUUGUGUUAAAAUUAUUUCCAGAGAUAUGACCUAGAGCAUUAAACAGAGACUUAUGAAGCUGGUGCUUUGUGUUGUGAUUCUCUCUGUCCAGUCCAUCCCUACCAGCGGGUUUAUAGUUGUUUUAGAUUUGUGCAUCAAGCUACAAUGUCAUUCUCACCUGAAGUGUAAGUAAAUAAAGUAUUGGUUGUUUGUGA